AUGAUGAAAAGAUCUUCCUUUAGUCACAAGACGCCGCAUAGUCUCUCUGAUAUCACUAACUCUCAGUCUCAAGACGAGUUUAAUCAUCAAGAAACUGAUUUAGAGCGGAGUGAACAAUCAAUUAAAAAGAGCAAAACAAUUGAGUUAAGCAGAUACGAACUGAGGAAUCUACGUGAAGGCAUUCACAAAUUGAAAGUGCAAAAUUGGAGUCUUGCUCAAACCAAUUUCCAACUUUUAGCUGAGAUCAAUUUAGCUAGAAACAAGGUGAAAGCUUUGAACCCCGAGGUUACUUGCAAAAAUGCUUUUCUUAAGGCUACAUAUUGUGAACAAGAGAAAGACGAAAACACACAACCAAGAAAUGCACCAGCAGCUCAGAAUGUGCUUAAAAUUUCGGAUGAAGAAUCGGAGAAACCUUCGGUACCAAACAGAAGGCGAUACAUCAGAGGCAAAUCAAUAGGAGCAUCAACUGCGCACAAGAUUGAGGGAGAAAAAGAGAAAUCAGAAACCAAAAGGAGGCAGUUAAGAAGGAAAUCAGCGAGAGUGAGAUCAGCGACACAAGAAGUGAUUGAUAAUCUGUUUGAGAUCGAAGAUCUUCAGCUUACAAUGCCUAAUGCUCAACAAGAUAACUUGACAUUCGCAUCACAUUAUAGUCCAAACAAGAAAGAUGAUGAUUUACAAAGAAGAGACAUUCUUAGAAGACAUCAAGAUUGUAACGUUGGUCGAUUCCCGGUGGAUCGACUAUUUGGUAAAGCAGUUGAGAGGAUACAUUCUUACCGUACUAUAUAAUGUCUUGAUAUUAGAGCAAUGGUUAUGUUUUUAGAUUCUACGGAGACUCUUUACAACAAUGUUUCAUUGUCUUUAGUAGAUGCAAACUAACAGUUGAUCUUUUACGAUCUGCACACAGCGCACUCAUUUAUUAAAGCAAACUAUUUGACCUCGAAAA